AUGGAGAAACCGUACGGAUACGCGAGCGUGAGCGGUGUCGAUCGUGCCGGAGACGGGAAGAAGGAGAUCGAUCUUGAGAUGGGAGUCGGAGAAGCGACGCUUUACCCAGGUCUAAGCUACGGCGAGAAUCAACUCCGAUGGGGUUUUAUCCGUAAAGUCUAUGGGAUUCUCUCUGCUCAGCUUCUCCUUACCACUCUUAUCUCCGCCGUUGUUGUUCUUAAUCCUCCCGUCAACGAUCUUCUUACCGGAUCUCCAGGCCUUCUUCUCUUUCUCUGCAUCGUUCCUUUCGUCUUAAUCUGGCCUCUUCACGUUUACCAUCAGAAGCAUCCUGUUAACCUGAUACUCCUCGCCCUCUUCACUGUCUCAUUGAGCUUCACUGUUGGUGUCAGCUGUGCUAUGACUGAAGGAAGAAUCGUGCUUGAAGCCUUGAUAUUGACACUAUCUGUGGUCGGAUCUCUAACCGCAUACACAUUCUGGGCUGCAAAGAAAGGAAAAGACUUCAGCUUCCUUGGACCCAUUCUCUUCACUAGCCUCAUCAUUCUUGUAGUGACCAGCUUCAUCCAGAUGUUCUUCCCGCUUGGCCCGACCUCUGUUGCUAUAUACGGAGGCAUCAGCGCAUUGGUAUUCUGCGGAUACAUAGUGUAUGAUACCGACAAUCUCAUCAAGCGUUUCACGUACGACGAAUACAUCCUUGCGUCAGUGGCUCUCUACUUGGACAUCCUCAAUCUCUUCUUGACCAUAUUGCGUGUGUUGAGGCAAGGUGAUAACUGA